AUGGCAGCUUACUUGAGCCGGUUACACCACAUUUCGCUCCACGUUUCAAACGUGGAAAAAAUCGCAAAUGACCUCGUCUCUAAAUUCAAAUUUAACCUUUUUGCAACCAGACUCACCGACAGCUCCAGGCAGCUCGCUUUCAGGAAAGGAGCGGCAGUUUUUGUCGUGAAUGAGAGACCAAACCAUGGAGAUGGGAGAGUGAAAAUGUCACCUGGUCCACACUUGGUAAAUACUGAGAAAUACAACCAGGAUAACUUGGCUAAAUAUCUGUACGAUGUGAACCCUCAUUACUCUGUGGAUACAGUGAGUAACGUGUGUUUCGAGGUGGAGGAUGUGGAAAGGUCAUUCAAAACUCUGCGCCAUAUGGGCUGCAGUUUCGUGGUCCCUCCCACUACAGUGCAGGACGAGUGUGGAGCUGUCACCUACUCAGUGGUGAAAUCUAUUGUGGGAAAUGUCUGCCACACACUCCUGGACAGGACAAAAUAUGAGGGGAGCUUCUUGCCUGGGUUUGAUGUCAUUGAAAAAGACUGCAGCUCGGAUGAAGAGGACGCAUCUUGUCCUAUCACUCAUUUUGAUCACAUCACUUAUGCCUGUCCGAGGAAAACAUCCCAUCAGGUCAUGAGGUGGUAUGAGAAACUCUUUGGUUUUCAAAGGUUUUUCAUUGUUAGGUGAGAAAACAAAACAUUUUACUCUUAUUAUCGUACUCUCUGUUUUUUCUCACCUUUAUGCCAGAUGUAAACAAUCAGUUUAAGACUUAUAUUUUCUCCAACUAUUUGUUUAAUAACUGUACAUUUUCCUACUCAUACUUACUGUUUAUAUUCCUUAACGCACCCACUGUUUAAUAGCAUUUUCUCUUUUUCACACCUGCACUAAUCAGUAUACUGUAUAUAUAGAUAAUAUACAUAAUUAGAUAUUUAUUUUUUGGUGUAUAACCUAUACCUGCAGUAACCAACACCGUGUGUAUAUUUUUAGCAUAUUCAUUGCACACACACAUAUAUAUAGUAUAUUCAGUUCAUACCUUGCAUUUUACUACCUUGCACUUCUGGUUAGAUGCUAAACUGCAUUUCGUUGUUCCUGUACUUGUACUGCAUUCAAUGACAAGUUUUUCCUUUUGAGUAGAAAUGAAGAUGUGGAUGAAGGUUUUGUAGUAAACCAGGAUGGUAUCGGUCUUCGUCUUACUGCCAUGGAGUACUGGAAAUGCAGUGAAUUAGGCAUCUCCCUCCCCUUUGUGGACAAAAAGGAGCCUGACUGCAAGUUUGUUAUAGCGGAAUCGCUGCCUGAGCAAGGUGCCUUCACAGUUCACACCCCCUUUAAUCUCUUCCAUUAUAAUUGACGAUAUAACAGCUGCUGCAUCACUCUCUGUUUGUCUUUAUUUCAGGCAGGAAUCAGGUUGACACCUUCUUAGAGAAGCACAGAGCCCCGGGGAUCCAGCAUAUUGGGCUUUACACUAAAAACAUUGUCUCCACUGCGCAUGUGAUGGCUGAAGCGGGAGUUCAGUUCUUCUCUCCGCCUCUCACCUACUACACUGAGGUUUGACUGACUACUGUGAAGCUGUGCACUAUUGUCACAGUAAUUACAUGACACUGUGUGGUAUUUAUUUACCACUUUAAAGCUCCUGUGAGGAGUUUUCAGCUGGUUAUUAAACAGGCUAAGAUUAACAGUGACACCUCUGUACGACCUAUAAAAGCAAACCAGAUCAUUAGCAAACAAACGAUGAAAAUCUCCACAUGGUGAUUUUAACACCUGUAUUCUCUACAGGGAGUAGGUGUCAGACAAAGCAAUUGACACCUGGGACAAGAAUACAUCCACAGCAUAUGUCUAUAAUGAGUGAUACAUUGAACUGCCAAAAGAAAGCAUGAUGAGAAUUUUAUAUAAUGUGCACGAUAAGAUUAGCAAAGAUAGAAGACUGAGUAAAAUCAACACUAACAGAAAGUUACUCAAAGGAGUUUUAAAGGAGAUCUAGUUGCUUGUGUGAUUGAAUACUAACUACAGCCAGAUCAGGACUGGUUUAAAGCCACUAUAAGGAACUUUAUGUGUUGAUUUUGGCGCCCUCUGUGAACCAAAAAGUAGUUCUCAUGCUCUCCCUUCUUAACAGUUAAACGCAUAACUUAAUCUUCUGAUCUAAAGUCAUUAUUUUAAGGUCGCAAACAGGCAUCAGUAUUCAUUUCAUUCCUAUUCAUCACCAGAGAAAAACUCUUCACAGGAGCUUUAAGGGGAAAAAUUGUGGACUCACACAAAGAGAAAUUAACUGUUUUAAUAUCUGAAUUUGAAGUAUAUUAUUCCAGCACCUCACUUUUUCUAGAUUUUCAAAUCAGGAAUGUUUUUGUACAAUCUUUAGACUUGUUUAUUAAAGCUCCUGUCAAGAUUUUUUUAUGUUUAUUGAACAGACAGAUAUUUAUACAGGCGUCUUUUAAUGGUGUGCAAAAGGAAAACCAUUAGCAACCAGAUUGGCAAGUCUUUAAAAUAAAAUAGCAAAUAAAUGGUUUAGUUUUUGUGAUUUUCUCAGUUAUUAAACCUUAAACAUAACAGCUUCUAUCGCUGGUUACUGUGUUAGAAUAUAGUGUAUUAAGUUUCUUUGCCAUAUUUGCUAACGUGCCAUCUUCUUGUAUGGUCCUAAACUGUUUCACCUGUGAUCUUUGCGCUCUGACAGGUUGGAAAACAACAGGAGAUAGAAGAGGCAGGUCAUGACCCCCAGAUGCUGGCGCAGCAUGGCAUUCUGCUGGACACAGACCUGCAUGAGGAUUCCUCACCGCAGACAACAUCCAGUGAAAAUAGAAGGUGCGUUACCAAGUACUGCAGUGUUCCUGCAGUAGAUUUAGCUUUGCCUCUUAUAAGGAUCAAAUGCUGUCUUUAUAAGCCACAUUAAUAACUUUGUCCUCAGGUGUUGAUUUCUCAGAAUACCUACUUCUUAACUUGGUUAUUCCUGUUUCUAGAUACCUCCUCCAGGUGUUCACCAAGCCUAUCUUCGAGGAGGACACCUUCUUCCUUGAGCUGAUAGAGCGAAGAGGAGCGACAGGUUUCGGGGAAGGGAACAUCAGGGCGCUGUGGAGGUCUGUUCAGGCACACAUGGAGAGCCAAAGGUUGAAAUCUUAGUGAGCAGGCUUCAAAAACACUGUACAAACCCUUCAAUGUCAGUCACUCCAACUUUUUUUUAAACCAAAGUUAUUUAAUGUCUUUUUUUUAAUAUCAAUGUGAGGGCACUUUUAGGGGGGGAAUGUCUAGGAUGUAAUUUAUUUACUGAAAAGUUCACCAUAAGUGCUGCCUGUUCAGUUGUUGAUUUGGUGGUACAUGUUAAGAUACAUAUUGCACUGCUAAGUAAAAUCAUAAACCUCAUACGAACAUCUCGCCUUAACCAGACCUGGUCUGUCAGAAGAUACAGAACUGCACUGUAAAGAAAGUUGUAAAAAACAGGAGUUGCAUACAUACUGAAACGUUUCAAUAAAAACUACUCUGUAACAGUAAAAAAGAUGUCUUUGUUAUUCACUGUGUCUAAGUAAAGCAGCUGACUGAGUCCUGAACAACUGCUCCUAAAUGAUUCUGUUACGGCUGACUGUGAAGACUGAUUACUGUCCUCAAAAGUGCUCUGCUUCUUCAAGUGUUGGGUGGCCAAUAUUUAGAGAACAAGCUCUUUAAGCUUCUUGGUUCACUUUAGGUUAUCGUCCCCAAUAAAGGGUGAAAAGUGAAAACAUAAAGACAUGCUUCCUUGUUUUAGUUGGUCUAUUUAAAGCUCCUGUCAGGAUUUUUAAACUGGUUAUAAACAUUUUUUUUUUACUUUAUCAUGGCAAAUAUCAAAGGUAGGUGAUUUGUGUGACUAUGAAAUAAAAACAAGACGAGUUUUAGGCAGUAAACGUCACUCACGUACGUACAGUACAUGACAAGAUUAGCAAAGAAAUCAGAGGUGUCCAUGUGGGGGCACCAAAAUUGACACAACAGAUACCACUUAAAGUCCCCAGAGGAGUUUUGUCAUGUUAAUGUAACAGGCUGAAAUUUAGACUGGUGAAUCACUAUAUUUAUAUCCUUUUUUAAUGCCUAAGACUGUUUUAAGGGGGUUGAUGUCAGCCAAGUAGUGACAGAAACAGACCUGUUUUUGCAGUUUUCAUAUUCAUAAAACAUUAAUAAAUAUCAGGAGGAUGAGAUUUUGAUUAGUGGUAAUGAUGAUUUGUCCACAAAGGGGUGUAAAAUUUGUGUAAAAGUUUUUUGGAGCAUUUAACAUAGCAGACUAUGUCAGAAUGGAAAAGGUUAUUAGUAUGUUUAAGUUAUAUAUUAACAUGAGGUGAGCGGCUCUUUAGAGUUUUUUAAAUAUUUAAAGGAGCAGGUCUUCUUCUGUGGGGGGCCACCAUGUGUCUCCUGUUGCACAGAAGUGGCAAACCAAUAUACCCUUAUUACUCAUUACCCAUUGUGGUGUGGAAAUCACAUCUGUUCACACAAAAACACACACAUGACCACGACUUAUUUUCCUCAAAGGCCACCAUCAUUUCAAUGUUGGGAGAGACAAACAAGGAAGUCUUUCAGUCUAGACUGUGACCACUAGAUAUGGCUGAAUACAUAACAAAAUCAAAAGACUGCCUUUCCAUAUAGAGUACAAUAUUUCAUGAUGACAUAAUGGGUUAUUUACAAUGCAGAACCUUAUACUUUUACUUCGCUUUGAGGAUUGGCCCCACAGUGUCAAUUUGUAAAAGUUGUCUCGCCUGAUCUGGAUUUACAUUUCAUUUUACUUAUCCUAUACACAUCAACAUGAUGGAAAACAAAUCUAUCCUGAGCCCCAGGCCCGUGAACCAUUACUUGAAGAACAGCUGCACGUCCUUCAGAUGCUGCAGAGGAUUUAGUGAUGUGCAUGCUUUGGCAAACAAACUGCUUUUGAGCCUCUUAGAAGGAAUCUUCAAAACCCACAGGGAUGUGCCAGUUCAAUUAAGUUGGCCAUAAACAUUAUAGGCAGGGAUUAGUGGGAUAAAUGGGAAGCAAUGAAACUUAGAUUCUCUUCCAUGAAAGCCAUAUGGUCUUUUUAUACUUUUUUUCAUACGCUGACUUCAGUUACAUUAACCCCCUUUGUGCUACAACAACAACAAGAAAAAAGAAAUCAUAAUGAAACUACAUGUACUUCUGCAUUUUGACAAAUGGUGUCAGUGUUUUUCUAUUACACAAGUGUCACUCUCUUGGCCCAAGUCAACUUUGUAGAAGAUAAAGAUAUAUUUGAGAUUUGUCCCUGUGCAUUCUUACAAAGCUGAUAACCUACAAACACAAAAGUUAGAAUAAUAAGUGUACGAUUAUCAACAAAUAUCAGUCACUGUUUUUAGAGUUGAGUUGAUUGAAUGUAUAGAAUGAGUAGAGUUUGUUCAAAUAAUAAGAAACCAUGAAUCUUAAGACCUGAAAUCAUGAAUUUUUGUUCAGGGUAGGAAGGAUAAACAGUUCAUUAAAACUGAAAAGAGAUGGCCCCUGUAACAGGAGCCUGUAACAGCCAUCUGUCUGUAGCCAGUGUGAGCCACAGAUGGCAUACAGCAUUCUGCAUGGGGUCUCAGUUCUGGGAGUUGGACCCUCACUUCCUAUUUGCUGUUUACCAUAUGUUUGCUACAGUAACUUUAAGAAACUCAAAGAAAUGACUUAACUCAGAGAAAUUAUUGUGUAUUAUCAGUAAAAUGUAUAAAAGGCUGUUCUGUGUCUCAGUUUAUAUGGUGGAUACUGCCCCCUAUGGUUUUAAAAGUCACAGCACACACUAACUAACUCACUAAACUGCCACAGAGGACUGUUAAGUUCAUGUUUCCUGAAGACUCGUCUAGAACCUCAGAGACUUGUGUAUCCUGCUCUGAAUUUGUUUGCCAAAUCUCUCGCUCUCUAGACUGCUGAAUGGGUUUUAGUACAAAAAAAAAAAAGUGUCGCCCCCACACUGUAGCCCACACACUGGAGGAGACAAAUCCUCUGUGCCCUCUAACACAAAAGGCAGACAGUCUUAAACCGGGGAGGACAGUCUGGGGGAGAUUAGUGGCACACAACAGAUGUUACUCCUUGAUUAACAAUAAUGUCUGCCAGGGGUGAGAUUCGGCUCCCCACCCUUUUGAGGCCCAGUGUGUUCGCUUCACCCCCUCAUAAAAUAGAUGAACUUACUGCAUAUGAAACGACAGAGUGGACACGGUUGAAUACCGUGUAUUGGCUGAACUUUUUUUUUCUCUGGUGCAACUUUUGUGGACACCACAAAAAUACAGAUGACAAAUGACCUACUUUUUGAAAAGCAUUUGCUGACAAUUUAAGAGGUUUUUAUUAACUUUUGAAAGUUGGAGGGACUUUGACUUUAACUUAUGUUAGAAGGAGAGAGGUUGUUGAAUGAUUAAUAGGAAAAAAGAACAAUAAACUGUCCUUUUAAUGUUGCUUUCUGUGACGCAUUUCUGCUGCUUUGCCUCUGAGGGCUUUCAAAACAUGUUAAAAUGAUUAAAAGAAGGAAUAUAACAAGAUGAGAUUUUGUUAAAAUGAUAAAGUGGCGGCUAUUACAUCUUCGGCAUGUGGUGCAAACUAUCAUGCAGCCACAGGUGGACAGAGGAGAGGCAUGUUGCACUAACAUGAGGAGAAGGCAGGUUUGUGUUAUUAUAUAGUACGCUUAUAUUACUAUAUCUGACUUAUUGCAUAGAAGUCUGGGGAAGUACAUACAAAUAGAAUUUACAACCUUUAUACAUUAUGCAAAAGAGAGCAAUAAGGAUUGUUAACGAAGUAGGAUUCUUCCAUCAUACUAAUGAACUGUUUCUGAAAUUAAGAGUAUUAAAAUUUGCAGAUCUAGUUGAAUUUAGAACUGCAAGGACAAUGUACGAAGCAGGCAACAAUCUACUCCCUAGUAAUAUACAGAAAAUGUUUGGAGGAGGAGAGGGCAGGUAUGUAAAUUUAAAACAACCAAGCAUUCGUACAACACUAAAAAGCAUGUGUCUUUCUGUUAUGGGGGUGAAGCUAUGGAACAGCUUGCCCGAUGAAAUUAAACAAAGCAUAACAAUAGCACAGUUUCAAAAGAAAUAUGAGUGAUUUUCUAUAUACGUGUAUAUAGGUAUGGGUGUAUAUAUGUAUGUAUAUGGUCUUUGUUUCGGUAUUAAUGAUUUGUUACAUAUUCAUGUUAGACUUUGGAGCUGUGGUUACUUUUGGUGACUUAAGAAAUCCCAAAAUUCUAGAGACAUGUAAAAGGUCAACGAAUAGGAAGCAAUGAGGGUAGGUACAAAUAACUCCUUUCCGAUCUCCAAAAAUAGGUGAAUUUUUUGUCUAAAAUUGCACUGUAAUUAUAUUUGAGCAAAUAAACAUCAUCAUCAACACCGACUUAAGUUAAAAAAAUUUGUAAAUAUCCCCUUAAGUGGUGUCAUGUGGAGAUAUUACAGUGUAGUUACGCAACAUAUAUAAACCACUAAACCGGAACAGUUGAAUAAAAGCAUGUUGCAUCUGAUUUACAUCAUGAGGUAUCCACAUUUAACUUCCUUGAAGGAGAACAUCUGUUUGCAAUAAAGUUUUUAAGGGCAAAUUUUUAUUGUGCUGGAAACCCAGAGAGAGUGGGGAACAAUCAAUGUAAAUAUAACAUUGAUCCCACUCUCUUCCUCUAUUUGGCUCCUAAAGCCUUACACAGAUGGUAAGUUAUCAGGUUACAGCACUGUAUAUUGUGAAAGUGCCUUGUCUAUAUGCUCAGCUCAAAACUGUGAUUACUUUUCAUUACUGCAGGGUGGAUCGUACCACUAGUUUCACAAUUAAAGGGGGGGAGAUUUUAAAAGUCUCUUACAGAUUCGGUAACUUAUCUGCUUGUUAAAAAUGUAAUAUAUCGUUCAUCGUGGCGUAAAGAUCUGUUAAAGCAUGUAAGAUAAGUUAUUUAGGUUAGAGUGAGUGACAGAGGGGUGAAAGUAAAGUUAACGGAGCCCCCUCUCCCCUUGUCAAAAGUGGUAUCGCCCGUGUAUGUUGUCACAGGCUCAUUAGCGUGCAGUCUUGGACAGUAGAGCAGUAGGGUAAUGUUGUAGUUUGCAGCAGCAGCCUGGAGCAGGACGUGAGGUGACCUGCUCGCUCCACUUCCUGCCUUGUUUCUGAGUCUCUGCUGAAAGAAAAACACAACAUGGUCCAGCGAAACUAAGGCAGCAGCCCGGUGGUGGUGUUGUUGGAGCUCAGAAGCGCUCACGGUAAUGCUAAAGUUGUAGUUUUUUUCUCUCUCUGUGUGAUGACAACUUUUAAAGCGAAGUUAGGAAGUGUAAAGUACUUUGUAAAGUGGGAAGUGUGAUGCUCCCUAGUGUGAGACUCGCAUUAAUGCUGAAUUUAACGCUGACAAACUUGUAUAAAAGUGACUUUUUAUAAAGUACUCUCUUCCAUGAAGUUAGCUUAGCAACUUUUCCUCAUGGUUACAGCUUUAGCUUUGUCCCUACUAUCUUGUCUUGGGGUGUAACUUGCACAAAAUCUGCUUUAUUACUCCUUUAUCACGUCUUUUAUGCUGUUUAGAUAACUUAAAGAUACAUCCAAGGCGUUAGAUAUCUCAAAAGAAGGGUAAUAAACUAAGUGUCAUUAUAUUAAUAUGACUUUAUAACAUGUCAAAACGUGCAAAACUUAAGAAAUACAUUGCUUUCAUGUUAGUAUCAUCCAUUUGUCUUGUCUACAUGCAGGUGCAGAAAGUGUGCCUUGUUUGUUGUUGGCCCAGACUCAGCCAGAUUAGUUGGCAAAGUGAUCAAAAUUUCCACCAAGUUUUCAAAGAGCGACUACUCUCCUCGGAUCAAAAGCAUUUAAUGUGAAUUGGCCGGCUUUGAAGCAUAAACACUCUGAUCUCAAAGUGGUUUUUUUCACCCAUGCAUGACAUGCAUAGCAAGAUAGGUGCUCAGGCGCUCUUAGUUUUAAUAGCCAGCCUUUAAAGUUGAUGCCGCACUAUUUGGUGGCAGGGAUAUUUCGUCCUCUUUCUUGUGUGUUACAGUUUGUGCCGUUUGGAGGAAUGUUGUCUUAUCUCUAUCUAGCUAACCUUCCCCUCAGGUAUGAAGACACGGCUAGCUGACAUACAAUCCAGCACAUUCUGCAAUUUGUGCUCUGUGGGAUCAUAAACACAGGAGCUUGUUAAACCUGAACUCCUGGCAGUGUCCCCUGGCCAUGAGUCUAUCUGCUUAGGCUUCACAAGUGGUUUGAACACGCAUAAAUUACAAGAAUCAAGGGUAGAGAGGGGCGAUUUGAUGUGAAAGUAUCAUUCUGCUCUUUGUGCACAUACAGUAUUUUCCAUUUUUCACAUCAGCUCCUUCUGGCCUUUCUGUCGAGUUCAAAAUCCUGUUUGCUCUGUAGCCUGCGUGUAACAUUCUGUGAGCUCCCGUCACACCACUUUCUUUGCCAAACUCAUUUCCCUUUCAUGAGGGAUUUUGGAAAAGGGGGUUUAAGGGACUGUUUGUGCUGGUUACUUGGGCAAGCUCAGUUUUCAGGGCCCUUUUUUUCCCCCCCUUCUGAAACUGAGAGGCAUCCACCUGGAGGGCUGGCAGGCGCAUCUGAAAAAAAACAAACAAACUGUUGAACAGCUUUAGCACAAGUACAAAAGACGCUUCCUAUCAGAGUUUGCAGAUGAUUCCUCUUUCCUUGUUCAUAUCAGUGAGAAUAUUUUGACACUGCAAGGCGCUCUCAGUUCCUGUGCAUUGUAAAGCCAGUGUAAUGACAUUGUUUAUGUACUUAUCUGGGAGGAAAAGUGGUUCCCUUGCCUUGUCAUGUUGUUUCAUGCGUGCAUAUAUGGUCAGUGUGGGGGAUGGAUAAAUUCCUGCAUAUAAAACUCAAGAGUGCUCUUUACCCUCCACUCUUAAUUUGGAUUGGUAGUUUAUAGGGUUGUAUUCGCUGGAUGUGACUUUUCUCACACAGCGCUCUUAAAAAAACAAUGUUCCUCUGCUGCGAGAGUAGGAAUAUGUCUCUUUGUAAUUAAAGGACUUGGCAUUCAAGUGGACAACAUGUCUCUCCCUCUCAGACAGGUGUGUUGAAAGCCUUGAUUACAGCGCUCAACAAAGCUCUUGUUCUGGACAAAUAUAUACAGUGCGAGUGAUUAUGUAUGAGAUAAUUAAACAGCAGGCCUGCUUGAAAACGUAGGCCUCCUUGGCUGCCAUGCAUAGCCAUGCUGAGCCUUUGUGUUUAUGGUAAGUGGGCAGCUGCAUGCUUGUGAGACCUUGGCUGUACCCCAGGCCCUCUACUGAGCCUGAUAACCAACUAUUGAAGCCUCCCAGCCAUGCUCAUUUCUGACUAUUCACUGCCUGCUUUAAAUGUAGAGUGUGCCUCCUGUUUGACAUCCCCCUAAUUUCUGUGAACAUGCAGACAGCUGUGGACUAGCCGGCACUCUACAAUGAGUUUCAUAAAUUUCUUUUCAGUGAGGCAGCCGUGGCGAAGCGCGGUGGCACCUGCCCUUUAUGGCAACUUAUUAAUAACGACACCAUAAAAGAAAGUUUUUCGUGUGUGUGUGUUAACUAGGGUUGUGCACAUUCUGUCAGCUAAAUGCUUCAACAACAACACCUUUGCUAGUCAGAAGUACUUGUCAAUUUAAGAAAUUAUUAUUUCUAGUGCAGGCUGGUUAUGUUUUGACUAAUCUAUAAGACAGCUAUCACCACUAGUCAGGGCCAGUUGAUGCCAACAGGAAUAAUGUAUAGUGAGUGGGUUAUUAUACAAAAUAGAGCUCUGAAAAGGUGCGACAAGACCCCAUUACAAAGCAGACUAAAGAUUGGAACAAAUAUUGUUUUCUUGAUCAUUUUACUGAUAUAAAAAUGAUAUAUUUGUUUGGUUGAAAACAGUCCCUCAGAGUGUCGGAAACGUUCCCGUAGCAACAGCCUUCAUGCAGGUUGAAUUUGACAUUUUCAGAGCUCUACUACCCAGAUGUAAACAAGCACAGAUCACAGAUGGCAUCCUGGGGCAGCACAGGUCGGCAGUAUUUUGUAAAUUCAGAUACAGUUACAUCAAGGCUGUGUUUACUUGCACAGAGCACUAUGCUAGCUGCUCUAGCAUGUGGACAUUAACAUAAGGGGGCGCUAUGGACUGUAGGUGCUAGUUCUGCCACAUUUAUGAAACCAAUUAAUUUGCAGACUCUGACUUACACCAACUACCAAGGUUGUUGUUCCCUUUAAAAGACUGAGUAAAUUAUUGAAUAAAGUUUAAGAGAAUCUUUUCAAAUUGUUUGGAUAUCUGUUGUUGUAUUUUAAAGUUUACACAUAAAGUUAUUAAUUAAAUUAAUAAAUGGCAGAGAUUAAAAUGGCAGAGCCUUCAAACCAAAGCAGCUACUUCCAUUGCACUCAGUCUUGACUGUUUUCUUGCUGUUAGACUUGCCGAAGAGUUAGAUUUAAUUUUUCUGUUUGUAUAACUUUGAGAUUAAUCGCUAAAACAACACUGACUUAUCACAGUAAAAACAUCAUUUGGUUAUGCAAACAAAAGCAGAACUACGUGAGCUUUGCAUGUCUUGUCUGAUUCUAAAAAAUGCUUUUUCAACACCCACCCACCAUGAUGACAUGGGAACCUGCAGAUCCCGAAGAUAGUUUCUGUGUAAUCCAUGACACUUAAAGAAUUUUCUCGAUAGCUUGGGGAAACAAGCUUUUCUGAAACAUGCAUAUUUUCUCAGAGGGAAUCUCUCUGCAGAGGGGGACAACUGAACUUUUUUACCCAGCAUUCCUUUCACGAGCGGCAAGGUGAAGAAGAGUAGCACAAAUCCCACAAGUCUGGCUGUCUCAGGUGCUCAGCAGAUGCUCGGAUUACUGAGACGGCCACAAUCCUGGGAUUGUUGAGAAAAGGACACAGAUCAGACCGCCAUGCUGAGGGAUGCCCUAAAAAGUAAACUGACAGAAAUACUUUUACGUGUAGUUUUAUGCCUAAUUAACCAAAAAGGAAGCAUGUGCGUUAAGAGACACAAACAAACAGAUGAAGUUGCAUUCUGUACAAGUUGUGAGAAUUGUGUCAAACAGUGUUGUUUUCCACCAGCUGCCCAAGUGCCAUAAAAUGGAUUAGUAUUAGCUCUAAUUGUCAGUCAGACACAAAGCUGCCAAAUCCUUAUGUAAUGUUGGCCUAACCAGCGGGAUUACAGUGUGAGCAACGUAUGGAAAAGCUGCUCUAAUUGGGAAACACAGCUUUGAUGGGUGAGCAGCACAAUUUAGAUGCUUACUGUAAUGGCCAAGCAGACACUUUUAGUCUUUCUAGACUAAACUACAAAUUGCAGAUUUAAAAAAGUGUCAUUUCAGUGAAGUACUCCCUUGUCUGAUCUUAUGUAAAUAAAUAGGACAUGUUCUGUGCUUGUUUUGGAUGUUAAGUUGCUUCUAAAGCAGGUCUCAGCUUACUCUUGACCCAAUCUACUCUGCGGUUUCCUCUCUCAUCCUAUCUAGCGCUCUAUAAGGACGUGUGAUAGCUCGCUAUUUCUGACACCCUGAAGCGGCGGCGCUUGAAAGGCUCUCAGUGACCACAAAGGAUGUGUGGUGUCCCAUCAGCUCGUCCAUGGCAGCGUCUGUAGGCCGCCGUCACUUCAUGCUUUUGCUGCAGACUUCCAGUCAGCAGCCGGCUUUGUAUGUAUGCGAUGGUUAGCCUCAUCUGAGGGAAACGCUGUGCAACGUUCUUCCCCUUCUCAGAGAUUAGACUUCUCAGUUGUCACAGUGGCUGCUGCCCCGGCCCAGAUAAAGAGCUAUCGGGCUGCAGAGGCAUAAAAGCUCCCACUGAUCUCAGAUAACGCUGGCAUAAUUACGGAGGCGAUUCGGGUUUUGACGUCAAAAUGAGGGGGUUCGCUCCAAUUCUAGAUGCAACUUUUGACAGUUUAAAGCUUCACCUGGAGAAGUAAAAGUGGAGCUUAGUUCUGCUCUGCAGCUUUGUCUCUUCAACAUGUUUCCUAUUCACAAACUGUCAAGGGUGCUUUCAAAGGCUGUGGGGCUAGGCCAAGCUUUUAAAACUGUGUGUUCAACUUAUGUCAUAGAGCUGAGGAAUGUUUAUAAUUAUGUUAUAAACCUCGCCCAUUUAAGGCACUCAGACCAGAUUUAUGGGAUAUAAACGUAAUGCCUGAGCACCAGAAAGAUGAGAGAUUGUCCGAUCUGGUACUUGAGGUUAUAGAUGUUGUCUGGAGUCCAGAGUGUCAGGCCCAAGUUGACUCUUUCCAUCAUUCCAGGGAAAGGAAACAUCAUUUACUGUCUCGUUGUUUAGCUUUGCUUGACUUUGCCAACUUUUUCUCGGGGCGAGGUUUUUUUUUCUCUCUGUGUCAAUGCCAUCUGCGUCCAUCACCAGGCCAUUAAAGGUAAUAUAUAAACAACUGCUUCCUCCCCACCAGAGAGUCCCUUGAUACCUCUGCUGUAAAACCCAGAUUGAUGUGGUUAAUGGUCACACGCAGCGUAAGCCCAUUUGCAGGCUUUGAUCAGUCCUUUACUUUGCUUUUGAGGCCUCGACUUGAAGCUGCCAGACGACCUCAAACCUCUCACUCAAACAUCCUCGUGUUUAAGUUGUUUUCCUGACGUGAUAAGUGUUAGUAAUGGAGAUCAUAUGCUCAAUGCAAACACCUCCUCCUCUUGUAUAUCAGCUCCCUCAGGGUCUUGUGAUGCUGCCCACCCCACUAUGCACACACACACACACACACACUCCACCCCACCACCCACAACCUCUGAUGUCGCCUCUUUUGUUUCCCACGGUGUCUCAUCUUCUGCACAGAGCCCUCUUUUGUGUCACGUACACUGUAUCUUCUUGUCCCCCCCUUUUUUUUUUCUGUGCUCGCAGUUGUCCUGUCAUUCAAACAGACAGACCCCCGCUGACCUCGCAGGCAUCCUUACACUGUGUUGUGUUCCCCGUGCUGUGUUUCGAUUUCCUGCCCCGACUAAGUAAGAACUCUCUGUGACGAUUACCUAGAUUUACAUCUGCGGCUAAUCAGCUGUUUCACUGUAACCGUGGUGCAGCACUAAUGCGAAGAGGGUUGUUUUGAUAACCGCAAGGUCAGCUAUUCCCAGCCAACCCCUGAGUAUUCAAUUACACAACUUUGACUUUGCUCUAUUCCUCUCUGUGUGCUCCAGUGUGGAACACUUUGAGGAAACUCACUCACUCAGAUGACUGAUAAUCCUCCACAUGGACAGACGAGAACAAAACAUGGUAUAGAGUUCAUGUUGUGGUGACAAGGUCGCAUGGAAGUGUUCCUACAGACAAACAUAUGGGACAAAAGCAGCGCCUUGUAAAUCAAAGGAGAGCGGUGACGUUUGUGAGAACAAAAGCAGCUUUUCAAACAACAGUCAUCUCUUGAUUUUUCACUUUUGUGUGAGCUGAACUGAUUCAGAACAAGAGCACCAGUAUGAACACAAAACUGGAAGUUGUAGAUAGAAAAGAGCUUAGGUUUACAUCCUUUAAAUUCUAGUGAGAUAAGUAAGUAGGGUUGUCCCGAUCCCAUAUUAAUGUCAGAUAUUUGUCCGAUAUCAGCACUCUGAUACAAGCAGUCAAUUCCAGAAAAGAGUUUAAGUUUACGUACUUCAAAUGCCAGUGAGAUCAGCAAGUAGGGAUGUCCAAAUCCAAUAUUAAUAUCAGAUAUCGGUCUGAUAUUUAUACCGGACCGAUAUCAGCAAAAAAAAAAAAAAAUAUCGGAUCAUAUCCUCCUGCCUCUAAAAUCUCCGAUAUCAGCACUCCGAUACAAGAAGUCCAUUCCAGAAAAGAGUUUAAGUUUACAUACUUUCAAUGCAAGUGAGAUUAAUUAGUAGGGAUGUCCAAAUCCGAUAUUGAUAUCAGAUAUCGGUCUGAAAUCUCCAAUAUCCGCACUCCGAUACAAGCAGUCCAUUCCUGCAAAGAGUUAAGGUUUGCAUUCUGAGAUUAGUUAGUAGGGAUGUCCUGAUCUGAUAUUGAUAUUAGAUAUCGGUCUGAUAUUGAUAUCGGUUCGAUACCAGCAAAAAAAUAACAAAAACAAACAGCGGAUCAUAUCGGCCUGCAUUUAAAAUCUCCGACAUCAGCACUCUGAUACAAGCAGCCCAUUCCAGACUACAGUCCAGCACCUCUAUCUAGCAGUGCCUGGAUCAAGCAUGUAGAGCCCACUAAUCACGACAACAGUGUGUACUAAGGUACUAACAAAGUAGCAAGGAGUAGUAGUGAUGUCAGCAGUGUGGCAAUAUUUUUCAUUAAAGUCCGAAAAACACGUUGCAGCUGAGUGCAAAACUUGUCAUGCACAAGUUUGUGCCAAUAUUGGAUCAAUAUCGGUAUAGGCUGAUACUGAAGGCUACAAUAUUGGUAUCAUACUGGAAGUAAAAAAGUUGUAUCGUGACACUCCUAUUAGUUAGAGACAUUUCAUUUUGAAGCUGAAAUGUUGCCUCAUUCUUACCUAAUAUAGGAUUUCAGCUGCUCAACCGGUCUGUUGUGAUUUUUGUGUCAUGAUAACCCAAAUGACAAAUCUAGACUGCAGGACGACUAUUUUGGCACUCUGGACACAAUGAAGUCUGACACUGAAUUGCUGUUUCAUACAAGGUCCAUCCUAUAAAAGGCCUCGUCUGGAUGGGAGCUUAAUGGUACACGUCACUCCCAAGCCUGCAUAUAAAUCAGCAGGAAUGAUGCCGUCCCAGAUGUGUAAAGUCGCCAUGCCAUAAGCGCUCGUUCAUUCCCAUAUCAUACGGGAUGCUGGCUUUUAAUAUGCGAGCCAAUAAAAAAACAGAUGGUCCCUCUCUUAUUUGAUGCAGCAUCCAUGAUUUUGAUGAGUUUUUCCCACUGGCACAUGUUUAUCUAUGGUUGAAUCUUUGUAUGAUACACCUAUAAUCUGCAUUUGUAAAUGCGGUUUACAGACAGUGGUUACUGAGUGUGUUUUUGAGUACAGAAUCUGAGUCUGUUUUAAUGUAACGCCGCCUGAAAGCCCAAGGAUCAAGGCUGUUCAGUCUCAGUUAUCAGCUGUUUUCACUUUUGUACAGACAUUUUUUGGCCUCUCUUAACCUUUUAGUGAUAUUUGUACUGUAGUUUAUAAAAUCCAAACAUCCUUUGACAGGAGGGGCAGCAUUAUUUUGAAAUGGCUCCUCACCCAGCCUCUCACAAAGUGGUGAAACCCUUUUUCCAUCUGUACUUCUAAGAAACACCCAGUCAUUAACUAACUUGUUGUGAAUAAAUGUAUAAAGUUAGGAGAUGUUCAUACAGUUGUUUUUAAGAAUAACACAACUUUUUCGGCGUCCGAGAGGUUUUAAAACAUGUUGCUUUAAUCAAGUUUAAAAUGAGAAUAUUUACAUUUUUUCAGUGAAAACAAAUUUUGCUUCUGAUUGAUUCACAAACCACAUCGAACACUACUCCACAGACAAGAUUCCUGCAGUUCUUCAGCUCUCAUUUGAGGUUGAAUUUCAUCAAUUUUUCAAUUUACAGAAACUUUUUCAUGCAAGCAGAAUCCAUUCAGCUCUUGCCCUCCUCUAACCCUAAAGAGAGUACUCUAAGGCAUCUACUGCGCUCAAUCCAGCUGGAUUGCUCUUCGCUUAUAUGGUCGACAGAAUGUCAGAAAUGUACUGAAUUAUAAUCCCUCGCUCAUCUCUGUGUGUCCGCUCAGGAUCAGGCCGAAGAGUGAAGCACAUUCCUGCAGGAGUCGAGGCCUGCUGUCUUAAACUCGACCAGAACCCCGGCCCGUUCGCACCGUCCCCCCGCCAAGAUGGCCACCAGCUUUUCCUGCCCUCACUGGAACCACUUGGGACAAGGAUGUGUGUUGCCAUGGUGAUCAUAUUCAAGAAAACACUGGAAAAGAAGGGUGCCGACGAUGUAACCUCCAAAAGUACAGAUUUGGGCCAGGUGAGCGGUGAUUUUUCUACUUGUGCAAGCGUUUUCUGUUUGAAAUGUGUCAUUUAUUUUUGCGCGUCGCCGUGCCAACAGGCGUCACCGGUCCAGAAACCGGUGCCAGUCUCCUUUUUUUUUACAUUCAACUUUAAUAAGACUUCAAACUUUAAACUACCCCUGGGUUUGAUUCAUCGGAAAACUCACACAUGUUGGCUCCAUGACUGUCGGGAAGAAGUACGUGGAUGUUAGAGGGGAUGUUUAUUCUUCACUUACUAACAAUUGCAUCAUAAUAGCUGCCAACUGUUAUCUGCGGCGCGUUUGUCAUCUAGUUUUUUUUUUCAUUCCUAGUGUCCCUAUUAUUUCACUCCAAAUGACAAUGGGGUGUUUCAGUUUCACUGUGAGAAACUCUGAGUCAUUUUCUAAUCAGCAAACAUGCAGGAGGAGGCCCUCUUUUUCACCGCACAGUUAGAAACCCCCCUUAUUAAUGUGGACUGUGUUUGCACUCUCAGCCUCGUGGAAUGAAGUCACCAUUUUCUGAGUGUCAGUCAGAGGCAUUUACAGCACAACUCUCUCCGUUUACUGCUUUUCACUCAGUCUUCAUUAGCCAAAUGUGUUACAGCACACGCCCUCGGGAUGAAUUACACACGCUGAACAUUUGACUUUCCAGUGUUAUUAAUUUUUGGAUUUAUUCAGUCAUUUUUUGCUAAAGCCUCUUGUAAACUUUUGAAGAAGUUAUUUCGAGGACUCGCUUGUUUCUUGGCUCGCUGACCUGAUCUGGAUCCCUCUUUGCAUUUCUGCAGUUCCAGUUCCAGGCACAGACCAUGACCCAGGGGACGGCACUCUUCUCUUGUGGACUCAUGGGUAAGAGUCUGCCAUUUUCAUGUCAUUUAAAGAGUAAUAAUAAAAACAUAAGUAGUCAUUUAGUAGCAGUUAAACUUGUCUGGUAUGGACACCAAAACAAAUUCCCAUGAGCUCUACUUUGUAUCUGCAGAAAGGACAUUUAAACUGGCAGCGUAUAAUCCUCUUGUAUUUUAGAGGUCAUCAUCUAUGAGUGGAAAAACAGUUCAUGUAGGGAGCAAAAGGGCCAUGAGGCAAACCUGACAGAUGAAGGAUUAAGUUUAUACUCGUCCCAAUCUUCUCUUUUACAUAUUAGACAUGUUGCGCUUGCUUUUGCUCAUAAAAUCUGUAAAAAAUCAAAUGCAAGAUUCGUAGCCUCCCCUCAGGCCGUCUGUAAAGUCAACAGCAAAUGUUGCCAAGCAAGAUAACACGUAAACACAUGUGCUGACCUUCCUAAAAACCCCACAAAUUUAAUACCUGAUACCACGAAAUGAAUAUGAGAAUUACACAGUGAAUACAUCUGAGUCUUCCUCUCCAUUUUCCAAGCGGUCAAUGCUUGGAUCCUGUCCAAGUCCACUACCGGUUAAGUCUGAAUCAUAAGUGCUCAAGUCCAAGUUAAGUCCACCAGUCCCGGAAAUGAGACCUGAGAGCUACAACUGAUCUAAAGCCCAGAAAAAUUGGACUUCCAGAGACUUUAAACUGAGUCAGAUGAUGCAAAUUCAGACCAGAUCAAUCUUUGGACACAUUAACAAUCACUUAUCGGUUACUUCUUCAAAUAAUAAAGUUGUUGUUGUCGUUUGUUUCUCCUCAUCAUUUCUAUUCCACAACAACAUAAUGGUUACACCUAAUGAUAUUGUUUUCGUGAACCGUGUAGCGGCAUGCAAAUUCUUGAACAUGCUGAGUAUCAACAUGUGACGCAAGCUCAUAAAAAUAAUCUCUGCAGACAUAUAAUUAUAACUACCAGAUGGGAAAUUACUACGACAAGGAAAUAAACAGAAAAUUAUUCUCGACUCACAGUGUCCAGGUUUCUGCAUACUUGUUCUUAUUGAAAAAAAUAUACAUGAGUGUCAGUCAAGAGGGCAAACAAAUAAAUUGAUCAAAUGUGAACGUCAAAGUUUCAAGAUGGAGGAAAUAUUGAUUUAAAUAAUGCAACACAGCAACAUGUAUGGGUCUCUUUUUUUUUGUAUUUGAUCCACUCCAACUCGAAAAACGACAACAACUACAACAAAAAAUUACGCUUAUGGUUCUGUCUUCUGCAGCAUGUAGAGGCAAGAAAACGCCACGUGCUCGGUGACAGCAGUCAUUUGGAGUCGCUUGUCUUUUUGUAACAUUUCUGAGAAAUUAUGGGCUCGGAGCCAGCUCCUGCCGCAUCUGCUCCGCGGUCACACAGCAUUAUGUGGAACAUGUCUGACAGGUGUUUCUGCCAAGAUGAAUGCGCGCUAAUGGCUGCGCUUAUCAUUGGCAGGGAUCUCAUGGCACUCCUGUGCGCUCUAAAGCUGCAGACAUGUUGUCCUGGAGUUAGAAAUAUGGCUCUGCCCACAAAGGCCUUUAACCUUAGCUUACCCUGCGUUAUGAGUGAGUGUGUUUACAGUCUUUGUGCUGUAAGAUUAAACGGCAUUCUGUCCUCGGGUAACUUGGCGUUGAGUUUGUAAGACUGGCAGAGCACAUCAGUCCCAGUAGGUGUUGUUAACACUGCUCUUUGUUCCUCACCCUGCCCGUCUACUGCAGAUGGUAUUUUGGGGAUUUUAUCUCUGGCGCAGAAGAAUAGACUUUUUGCAUACCAGGAGUGGGCAGUGGCUUCGACGUUUGGUGUCUGACUCAGAGUUGACUGGCCAGUUCAGUUGGCUGACCCAUUCAGUGAUUCAAGGGAGUUUCUGUUGCGGCAAUAACAGGUGUUUUCCUGGUUGCUAUAGCGCUGGCGUGAAGUCGACUAGUGGUUACAGUUGAGCUGAUUCACAUUCAAGUUGAUCCCGACACACAAAACGCUUAAUGAACUGCUGUAGUCUGUGUUUAUGAUGGGUUAUUGACAUGUUAUCAAGCUCAGCUCCAGCCGAGUGGAGGUUUGAUAGAGAGUCAGUUAGACAUUGAGCUCUGUUCCCUUUCCCAACAAGCUGUGCUCACAGACUGUGACACUAAAGCAGUGCCUGGAGGACAGGGUUUAUUUUUAGUGCCAAUUACGCAAAGCAGCGAGUAGUGUCAAUACAAAGUACACACGCUGGCAUCAACAUGCUGACCUAGACUGGAACACUGUCAAAGGAGUUAUCUGUGUUAAGGUUGCUGAACUUAGCCUCUCAUGACCAUGGACCCUCGCCACCAAAAACAUUUCUUCUCCCUAGAUUUGGGCCGAUUGCCUCUUAGAGAUUCAUGUGUAAGGUUCUUAAGUUGUGUUUUCUUUUAGAGGAGUUUACACACAACUUGAGGUAGUUGGCUUUAGGAUACACAAGUACACAAAUGCUCUCUACGGUGGCCGAAAACCGCCACUACUGCAAAUAAAAAAUAAAAAAAAAGGGAAAAAAAAAGAAGCCACAACGGGAGUAAACAACGAAAAAAAAAUAAAAGGUGCAGAUAAAAAAAAAAAACACAUCGGAAGUCAACGACGCAAAAAAAAAGUGGCGAUGGACAAAAAAAAGUUACUUACUGGGAAAAUAAAAGGAUGCAAAAAAAAAAGCCACAACAGAAGUGAGCUGCUGGGGACCAAUAAUGACGAUGCACCAGUGUUUUACGAUCUAGGCACAGAAGACGACGGCGAGAAGACGAGCAAAGAAAUAAGUGGAAAGGUUAUUGUUUAAUUUCGCUUCUCAAACUUUAAUGUGUCAUUUGGUUAGGCCAUGUAGCACCUAAGUCGAUAUGAAGUUGACUUGGAGGUUGCCGGUGUAGUGUUAGCUUCAGUUCAACUUCAUAUCGACUUAGGUGCAAUGUUGCCUAACCAAAUGACACAUCGAAAAGUUUACGAAGCGAAUUAAACAAAAAACCUUUCCACUUAUUCCUUUGCUUGUCUUCUCGCCACCGUCUUCAGUGCCUAGAUCGUCAAACACCUGUGUCAUCAUCAUUAUUGGUCCCCAACGGCUUACUUACGUUCUGGCUUUUUUGAUUUGCAUCAUUUUAUUUUCGCUGCAAGUAACUUUUUUUUUUUUGCAUUGCCACUUUUUUUUUGCGCUGUUCACUUCCGUUGUGACUUCUUUUUUUUUGCAUUCUUUUUAUUUGCAGCAGUGGCGGUUCUCGGCCGCCGUAGAUCUCAUAUGUAUUUAACCAUUUUUUAAAUUUUUUGCGAGAAAAUUCUUUUUUUCUCUGUAUUGAAGUAAACCCGGUCUUUUCUCUCAUGUUCUUGCAGAGACAAGCCGCUGGCACGAGGUGGGUCACAGCUGCUCCGUACCGCAGAGGCCGGUUGGCACCAGCCUGGAGAGCCUGUGGGACGUCCUGCCAGAGGUGCACAAGACCUCAGCCCACUGGGACUGGGAUGUUGGCUCUACCUCGAGCACUAUCACCAGCUUGUUGCAGGACCUCAACCUGACAGAGGCCGCGUCCUCACACUCCACUGCUCCCCCAAGCAAGCGGCAGUGCCGGUCCCUGUCCUGCUCUGACGAGCUGGGAGGUUGCCGCUCCGCCUGGCGUCCUCAGAGCUCGCGUGUGUGGACGACGGUGGAGAAGAGGAGGUGCCACAGCGGAGGGAGCGUACAGCGCGGAGGUGUCACAAACUCUGCGCUGGGCUUCCCCGCGAUGCAGCGCAGCUCCAGCUUCAGCCUGCCCACCCGCUCCAACACCCUGGAGCUGCCCUGCUUUACCCAGCCGACCUCUCACUGCCCUUCAGCCUUCUCCAGCCUGACGCCCUCCUCCGAGCCCCCGGCACAGCCCCUCUACCUCUCUGAAGAACAGAUCUGUGAGCCUCGUGGACCCUCGCCGCCCAGCUCCCCGGACUCCACCCCAGAGCUGGAGCGCCGUGGUGGACAGGGGGGCCUCGCUAGAAGUCGCUCGCAGCCGUGCGUGCUAAACGACAAGAAGAUCGGGGUGAAGCGCAGAAGACCAGCUGACUCGCAGAAACAGAGGCCCUCUUUGGACCUGGCCAAGAUGACACAGGUUGGUAUUGAACAGAUCACACUUGAUCACGUUAAAUCAGGAUAAAAUCAGCUCAUUUGUUCCUAAUCUAAACGUGUUUAUCCAGCUAGUAUAAACUGUGUACUAAACUAUCUGAAUAUUGCACUUGGGCACCAUAUUUAGAGUGAGUGAGAGGCAAUAAUAUGGCUGUUAUUUAUGAGUUAAGCCAACAGCAGUCCUCUUAUGUGAUCCAAAAGAUCACAGUCUGCAGCAUGAGACCAGACCCCUCAGGAAACAGUCGUGCCAGCUGGAAGCUCUGCUCGCUCCAUCACUCUCACGAACAUUAGCUGGUUAUAUUCUGCUGUUGUGGCAAUCUGCCUCUUCCAUGUUGGAUAAACAAGCACUUCCAAAGAAGGUCACGCCAUUGUGUCUGUUCUCUCUCCGCACACCUCCAAGUGUUUCUGCAGGCGCUGUCAUUAAACGCCGGCCAUCCGUGCAUGCAUGCAUGCGGGCCUGUUCUGGGUCACACUCACCUAUCAGGGCGUGUGUGUUUAUUUUUGCUCUUAAAAUAGACAGCAGCGAGCUGAAAAAUUGGCCUUUUUAUGUGGAAAAAGGACGAUUUGAUCAAAGCAUGAAUUUAGGAGUCAGUCGGCAGAUCAGAUGAGCUUGAUUUCUUUUUUUUUUUUUAGAAAGCAAUGAUCUUAUCACACUCCCCCGGCCUGAGCUGAUCAGACAAUCUGUUGCAUACACACACACACACACACCCGCUCCUCCAACAGCCACACACACGGCUGGUUAAGUCUCACAAGAACACCGACUGGACGAUAAACACCAAGCCAUCCCCCCCCUCUCCUCAGGGGAAGUCACGCCGAGUUCAGUGAUGUCUUAACAACGGCGCUGCAGUGUCACGACGAGCGGACGCCACACACACUUCAAACAGAGAUGAGGUCAGCGUGGAGAGAAAAGAGCCCGAGGCGAGGCCACUGACAAUAUUUUCACAGAGGAACAUCAGGGUGCUGAGAUUGUUAGUACUGGACGGGGUCUCUGAAAUAACUGUUAAAUCUAAUCAGCUCUUCCUCUUUUUGAGUCUUUUCUUUCACUUCUUUUUCUUCUAGUGCUCACUUUAAAACAAUCAGCAAAGCUACUCUGGAAAGUUUUUAAAGACCCUAAAUCAUGUUCCUCUUGUUUUCUACAUGUUCAUAUGGCAUUUGAACAUGUAGAAAGGCCAAAAUUGCAUUUCUGAGUAUUUCUGCUUUCAAAUCGCAGUGAACCUUUGGCAGUCCCAAGCAGCAGGUUCAGAUCAUAGACUGUAUAUUCUAUGGACAACUUGGUUCCGCCUUCCACCAGUAUAUGACUUUAAAGUCAAAAAGCUCUCGGUAAUUCCGCGUUAUUUCUCCACUUCCUAAAACCAACAUUGCACAGUAGCGUUGUACACAUUCAGCGGGAGAGUCGCUGAGAUGAUGCUUGACUCAAACAGCGUAUCCCCUGGGUGAGCUAUAAAUGCCCAUAGGCUGUAUUAAGUGUCAAUCAUAGAAAACAUGAACCCCCUAAUAACUUAAAAAAAAAAUAAAAGAGGACUUGAGCACAAACUAGUCUUGCAAUAAUUACAUGUCAACAUUGCAAGCAGGGGGAAAAAAAUGUAUAUUCUGUGUAAUAAAUUUCUAAAGUUUAUUCACAUCUCCAUAAGCUUUCUUGUCGGAGGUGGGAUUUUUUAACUAUACUGCAGCCUGUCACCAGAGGGUGCUGUUUUCGGAGUGGCUUCACUCAGUGAGGAGGCAGACGCUGUCCAUUCGAUAUACGGUCAAUGGUUCAGAUACAGUGAGAUUUCCUAUGUCACUAAUCCAAGCUCCGCCCCCGGAGCCCCACUCUGCAGGCCAGGCUCGGAGAAAUCAGAUAGAACAAUCGCGGAACAAGCGUCUGCGUUAGCAAAUUGCAAUGCUCCUAAGAAAGCUAAUUAUGAUAUUUACUUUCAUCAGGGUAGUGUCCGAGAGCUGAAUAGCUGCCAUGUUACCUGCCACCUCUACGAUAAUGACAAUGUUAGGCUACAAGCUAGCCUGAAGAGGAGUGUGCAGAGCAGCGCUGUCUCCGCCCACAACUCAGAGGCGAAAUGCUAAUGAUCUACUGGAGCUCUGUAAAAGAAAAACCCUUGAAAAUGACACAACGUGAUUUUGUCUAAAAACGUUAUAAUCACAAUUGAAAGACCACUGAGAACUCUUUAAGUAGUAAAAACAAAUGAUCGGAGUGGAACUUUGGGAAACUACGAAACAAAUUGUCCUAAAAACAUAGUGAGGGUUUUCUCAGGUGGACUCUCUCAGAAAAGUUGUUAGAAAACUUGUUGGAAAAAUCUUCACUGAUGAAGGUAGACUCAAACUCUUUAUCGUCAUCAUAUCAGUAUUCAAAGUCACCUCUCUAUUCAAAGAUUGCUCACAGCGCCGAGUGCCCUCUCAUCCACGCUCUCACACACAUUUCUGCACACACACACACACACACACACGCUGGUGUAGUUUACUCUCGGAGAAACCUGGCUUUGUGCUGCUCCGUGACUGUCAGGAAGUGGAGCAGCUGUGGCAGAGGUUAUGGAUCGUGGCACUGGGGAGAUGCAUGUUGGGUAAAGAGAUAUUGAUUUCUGUAAAUUCAGCUCAGUGGGUGGAUCGCUGCCACAACCGAGCCUCAUGAGCUAUCGAUCAGCUUUUAUUGACGGAGAGUCAAGGUCAGUAUGGAUGAUGAGACUUUCUGCUCACUUCUCGGUUUCAUUUGAAGGGGAGUGAUGGAGGCAGAGCGGCACGGAUACAGACAGCGUAGAUUCAUGACCCUCGCCGUAGUGCCGUUUGAAGGUUUUCGCAGCCUGGAAGUCUUCCUCCGUCUGGGCUAUAUUUGGUUUACUUAAUGUCAAUGGAACUUUUUAUACUAUAGUCCAGACUGCUCUUGGCCUUAUCAGUUUGCUCCCAUGCUCAGAGCCAGGGGCCUGAUGGUUCAGACUCAAGUGCUAAUGCAGAAGGCAGCAAUGUGACACCGGCCCAGUGCUGACAAAUGUACCCGCUCCACCAGCGCCAAGAAAAACAGCAGGGCCUCAUUUGAUGUACUGCCGCAGCCCGGUGUAGAGACCUUUCUCACCGCUGUCAGGUCACAGACGCGGAUCAUAACUUAACAUGUGACACUUUCUGCUCUGGGGGCAGUUUGAUCUCUGUAUCUGCAGGUUUGAGCCUUUAAACAGGCCGAUCAAUAGAUGAACAUGACAUCUUAAGAAACAGAGGAUCUUUGGGUUCAGCCUGCCAGUACAUACAGUAGAUACAUUUCAGCCUAAAACAUGGUAAAAUCUUGUAACCAUCUGACUUCAUGGUUCUUAGAUUAUGAAUCUCAGUAAAAUCUAGUGAUCAAACAUUGGGCACAUUUUUCAUUGUUCAAAACCACAGAAACCCUCAGUAGCCAUUUUUACUGUGUAUUUUAAUGCUAUGGCUGACAGGGUUAGCGUAUCCUCUAUAUGGGGAGCACAGGCUAUGUUCACACUGCAGGUCAAUUCUGAUUUUUUAACCAUAUGUGACACAUAUAUGAUUUUUUCAUGUAAGUGUGAACAGUGCAAUUCUGAUUUUUUCAAAUCCGACCCAGGCCUCUUUUGUAUGUGGAUAUAAAUCAGAUAUGUAUCCGAUGUGACUGCAGUGUGGACGCUCAGGUCGCGUUCAUCCUACCUAUACGUCAUCAAUAUGCGACAAACGUCAUUCAUUGUUGUAAUGUGAACGACCGCACAAAAAAGAUCGGAUUUAACAAAAAAUCAGAAUUGUAUCAUAACCUGCAGUAUGAACGUAGCCACAGUCCCCGUCGCAGCGGUCGAGGGUUUGAGGCCAUCCCCCUUUCUCUCUAUCUCCCCACAUUCACCCUAUCCUAUCAAUAAAAGGCAAAAACUGCCCCAAAAAAAUGUAUUAAGUCUCUGAUAACGUAAAAAAUGUAUGUAUUUGAUGUUGUGCCACAUUGACAAAUGUUUAAGCAUGUUGCUGGUGUUUCCACCUUUCCAUGUUAUCUCUGCUCGACGAACGUUGCACGUUGCGCUGUUGUCGUUUCUCUUAGUAAAGUCAAGCCAGGCUUUAGAUCGUUUCUGCCUAAUUUUCAUACCGUCCAUCAUGCUUUUUCUCUGUCUCUGUUCUCGUUCGCGUAGACUGGCACUUGCGAAACCGUUUUUCGAGGCACCCGAAAGAAAGGAAUCAUUGAACCAUUUGGAACCGGUUCUCAAGAAGAACCGGUUCUCGAUUCCAACCCCUAUUAAAGUAAAAUAACAGUUGCUUCUUUCUUUUAAAUUUAGCAGUUUAUAUAAUCUCUGAUCACCAUCAACACAAACAUUUGACAUUUUUAAAACUCGUUUGGUCAAAAGUCAAAGCGAAAAGAAAUAUAAAGAAAAAUAAUCACAAAUGAAGAUGUUUUGGUGCUCUUGAAUGAUCAACAUCGAACUCUGUAGGAAUUAAAAAAUAAAAGGUUGUCAAUUUGCAACAAAAAAAUGAGGAAAAUUAGAUAGAUAAAUAGAUGUCCUAAUGUAGAUGAAGACACUUUUAGCUCUAGAACAGGGAUUCUUGGUUUCCUGCUGUUUUAUGACUGGAACAAUACACUGCAUCACAAAAAAGUAUAGCUUAAUCUUUAACCCAUCAAUUAGUCACAGUUGUAGUUCAUACACUUGGCUGUGCGCUCUGUCUCCGACAGUCCCAUGCCUGUUAGUUAUUACGUAAGCUCACAAAUGACAGGAGGUUUCACAGAGGCCUUAUUCUCCUGCGUCCUCCUGCUCUCACACGGCACCGCUCGGGCAUGAGGCAGCUGUCCUGCCUCCUCCACAUUAGCUGGAUAAGCCUGUCAUAAAGUCCCCCCGACUCCGACGAGCACAGCUGUCACAGGACUCGCCUGCAGCAGUGCUGGCACAUGUGGAUGUUGCCUGAGGAAGUUUUCCCAGAUGUAUGUGUUCAUUGUGUGGUGCCAGCGAAAAGGCCAGCGGAGUCAAAAGGCUUACACGAGCGAUGUCUGCCUGAGGGCGAUCUGGACACUCUCUGCCGGGGUUCAAAUCCUUUCGCCCCACUCAUCCAACUACCAGUUGCUCCAGUAUGUUAGGCAGGCUAAAAUUAUACCAUCGGAGUCGUUUUAUUUUUUCACGAGGGUGUUUUUUUGCCCAAUGUCCAGCUCUGACCUCACUGACUCACCCACACAUGGUAUGAGUACAGUGAGGUUGUUUUCUUAUGAUGGUUGAAUGCCUUAAGUUUUCGUGCCCUAGUUUGGAAAUGGUACAUAGUCCAACAUGAAGGAAGUGUGUUUAGAUUCCCAAAACUAAAUACAUCGAGGCUGCCAGACAAAGAAGAGUUUACAAAGAACUUCUGAGCUGAUCUCAUCUCCUACGUGUUAAAGCAGUGAUUUCUAGAAAACUCAACCUCCCCCUGCUUCCUCUAAACAGUCAGAUGUGUCACCUAUUGUCUUUGCUGUGGAAAAUAUCAAACAGCUGUUUGUGCAGCAGAAUCUGAACUCACACCUACGGGGUAGCAGCAGCAGUAUCAUACGUAGAGGCACCGGUUUGUCGUCAGAGGUUGAAUCACACGCAUAAUGUACAGAGACGAGGGUCGGGUUUAGUUCCACAGCUUCCCACUCUUUACACCGUCAUCUCCCCUCAAUAUAGGCAUAAAAGCCCCCAAAUAUACAUGUAGCAAUAUAAGCGGUCGCUCAGGGCCACAACCAAUGGGGGAGGGGGCCACAUCACCAACCACCCCCUUCCUAAAAAAAGAAAACAAAUAAAUAAAUAAAAAUAAAUAAAUAAAAUCAAAUAAAAAUAAAAGUAAAAAAAAAAGAAGACAAAAAUAACCAUCUAGCUAGUUCUAGACCAUACAUGGAUAACUGGCAACUCAGGAAGCUUGUAGAUCAGCUAUUUUUGCAACUUUAGUGUGACAUCGAAUGGACCGACAGUAUAUGUAAGGUGGUCCCCUGGAAUGAGUGUGGAAAUAUAGUGGCCCUCUCCAUCAUCAAAGUUGCCCACCACUUGUCUAGACAAUCUAGAAGCUCACGAUAUACCAUCGUGAAGUCAUCGGCUGUGUCCAAAAUGGAUCCCUAACCCCCAUAUAGGCGACUAUAUUGGGGUCAGCGCCAUUUUGAGGGGUGUCCGAAACUUCAGUGAUCAAUUCCAGUGCCCUAUAUAGGCGACUCAAAAUUUCCCAUGAAGCAUUGCAAAAUGUAGCGACUAUCCGAUGGUCACUCACCAGUGGUUGGCAUCCCGUCAGGCAAUGCGUCUUGCCAUGUAGUGUCCAAAACCUGUGGUGAUUGAGUUCACUACAUAGUCAACUAUAUAGUAAAAUCCCAUAUGGGGGUUAGGGGUUAGGGAUUCAUUUCGGACACAGCCAUUGUCUGUUUAAAAUGCAACAAAAUCGGGGGCCACAACCAAUAUCGGGGGCCCCAUCACAUCCCCACCCAAACCACAGCCAAUAGAGGGGGCCACCAAAAUCCACCAGCCGGCCCUGCUUACGACUGAAAAACAAAAAAAUCAAAAUGUCCUUAAAAUUUAACAGAUAUAUUAAUUUAUCUUGUUUGAUACAUUAGAUGUUUUUGGAAACUGAUAAACUACAAGAGGACAUUUUUAUCAUUUAUCGGACUGUAUUCAGGUGUUUUUUAGUAAUUUGUUGAUCAUAUUGAUUUGAUAGAAGUAUACAAAAGUAUGUAUCAAAUAUGAUACAAAAGGCUUUAAGGCUUAAGAAAUAAACAUCACUAUUCACUGUAACUGAUAAUGAAGAGGCAUCACUAUCAGUUUCAUUUUGCCUCAUAAGCGGUUUAAAACUCCUCUAAACGGCGUAAAGCGUGUGCUUUUUUUCAUGAGAACGCCAGUUUUAGGUCGCCAAAAACACCCGACGUUCUGCUUACAUCUGCACAACCCUCAUUGCAAAACCCUCGUGUGCAAGAAUAGAUAUGCGAAAUUCAAUGUGCAAGAACUGAAUGUGCAAAAUCCUCCUUAAAGGGGACAUACAGAAAUACUUCUUGACUUGUUUUAUAAAGUGUCUCUUUUUUCUUGGAUCAGGGCUACAUGGAGAGAGAGAAAAAUGUAAUGCAGCUUUUACAGACUGCUAUUUACAUCCACUCUGUUCUGUUGUGUUGCAGAAACUUCGAAAUUUCCACAGCCUGAGCUGCCCUGGAAUCACAGGCGAGGACGUGUGCGAGUCAAAUCAGACCCUCUUCACUCUCAGGAGCCCCUCACAGUGCGACACGGACGACUCAAACACUCAGCCGAGGACCAAAGAGGGCCAGACGACCAGGAACACCCUGUCGGAUCGUACUAUCGAAGAGGCAGACUGGACCUCCACGGACUACGGCGACCUCACGCCCGGAACGACCAACGGCAAGGACAGUGAGCCUCUGUGGGCGGGGCUUUGUAGCCUGAGGAAGGACGUGUAUCAGCUCGGAGGCGAGCUGGACAUUGAGCAAAUUGAGAGGAACUGA